AUUCAAGAUCAAAUCUUUUUCGAUCAAAAAAAAAAAAGCAUUUCAGAAACAGGUGUUUUCGAUCAAAAAAGGGUUUGAAUUUGUUCCGGGAUAAGAUAUUUGCUUUUCUCUUAGGGUUUAAGGUUACGUGGGAAAUAAAAAAAAAUGGAAACUUUUGGUGGGUUUCACAAAGAAGAUGAUGAGCAGAUGGAUUUGCCUCCUGGGUUUAGGUUUCAUCCAACAGAUGAAGAACUCAUAACCCACUAUCUACACAAGAAGGUUCUUGACAUCGAUUUCUCUGCUAAAGCUAUUGGCGAGGUGGAUUUGAACAAAGCUGAGCCAUGGGAGUUGCCGUAUAAAGCAAAAAUGGGUGAGAAAGAAUGGUACUUUUUCUGUGUGAGGGAUAGAAAGUAUCCGACCGGUCUGAGGACUAACCGGGCAACUCAAGCCGGUUACUGGAAGGCGACGGGGAAGGAUAAAGAGAUUUUCCGAGGCAAAUCGCUUGUUGGUAUGAAGAAAACACUUGUUUUCUAUAGAGGAAGAGCUCCAAAAGGGCAGAAAACAAAUUGGGUGAUGCAUGAGUAUAGGCUAGAUGGAAAACUCUCUGCCCACAACUUGCCUAAAACCGCCAAGAAUGAAUGGGUGAUAUGCAGGGUAUUUCAUAAAACUGCUGGAGGCAAGAAGAUCCCCAUUUCCACUUUAAUCCGGAUUGGUUCUUACGGAACCGGAUUACCACCUUUAACCGAUUCUUCACCAUACAAUGACAAAACCAAGACCGAACCGAUUUACGUGCCCUGCUUCUCCAACCAAACUGAAACCAGAGGAACAAUACUCAAUUGCUACAGCAACCCUGCCCUUAGCUCGAUCCAACCUGAUUUUCUUCAGAGGAUUCCACUCUAUCAACCUCAGUCUCUCUACGUUUCCGAGAACCUACAGAAUUCAAAUCCGAUUCUUGCUCAAGAACAAUCGGUCUCUCAAGCGAUGAUCGAGAACAGCAGAAGGCAGAGCUUCAAAACGUUGAGCAUCUCGCAGGAAACCGGAGUUUCUAAUACCGAUAUUUCAUCGGAUUUUGAAUUUGGGAGGAAAGGGUUCGAUCAUCAAGAAGUUCCGUCUUCCUCCGCCGGUCCAGUUGAUCUUGAACCUUUCUGGAAUUACUGAAGAUUCAGAACCUCAAAAAGUCCAUUAAUUUAGGUCACAAGUAAGAAGAACUUUGCAAAGUUUUAUCCUUUUAGCGUGGUGUGCUAAGUUUGUAUAGAUUAUUAUAGCACUUCUUCCCCUGCUCUAGUGUUUUCGAUUAUUAUACUCAACUGAAACUUAAUAUUAGAUAGAGGAUACAAAAAAGAGAAUCAAUUAAAUUAGUUAAAUU